AUGUCUUUCUUCGUUGACAUUGUAACUGAGGACUCAUUCUACGAGAAUCUGACACUCGGUGUCGUUAAGCUCCUCGAGGCGAGCCCAUGCGUGAGGCACGUCAAAGUGGAAAGGAGAAGUGCAUGUGAUAGAAGUGCACUAUCGAGUUGGGAGCAGCGGCACUGCUGCCUACUUCCCGAGGAUUUGAAGAGUUUUUACGCCUCGAUUGAUGGAUUUUCGUUGACUUGGAGCUUAGAUAUUGCCGGCGAAGAAUUCCCGGUCGGUCGCAUGGUGAUCAAUGAAUUCGCGGCCCUAAAACGCUUCGUAGGGACUAAAGAGCAGCAAGCAGAUGCCGAGAACAAGACUCAGGACGAGUCGUCGGACAUUCCAUCCCAAGGGCCGCGCUGCAAACUCUUUGAGAUCGAUCAGUGCGGCACCAGCAAGAUAUUCCUCGUUUAUCACGUCAGACCAGAGGUGGAUAACGAGCCCGGGAUAUGGCUGUAUUACGAGGAGAAUGGGGGGACUUGGUAUCAGCUGUCCAAGAGCUUCACCAAGUACUUUCGAAUGAUGCUUGUUCACCAGGGGCUGCCCAUGUGGCAGUACUGCGCACUGGGACUCCCGCUGACAACUUGGGUGGAACAGACGUACUAUCUAGUUGGGCCCCACCUACUACCGACAGCUGUCAAGCCCAGAGAGAGUUUAUCCCUGAAUCUGUGGAAGGACGGACCUUCCAAUACCAUCGAUCCAGCUAUAUUCAAGAGUCGGGAUAACAAGCAGAAGAACUCGAGGAAGAAAUGA